AUGUCCCCGUCCGGAUCUUUUCUCUCACUGACACCUCGGCCGCGAAGCGCCUCUUUGACAUUCGGCUCCCCUGGAGAAACCGGCAACCCUGUGCCCCUGCGGCCGGCUAUGCGGCGCCGCUCCCUAUCCCUCGGGAGGGAACGGAGAACCGCUUCGGGCGUCUGGAGCCGGGAGGGCGAAACAGCUAACCUGUUGCAGCCCCAGCAGCAGGAGCAGCAAGAGCAACGGCAAAAGGAUCAACAGCCGCAGCGGAGAUCGGGUCGGCUUCAGCGUCUACGGAGGGCCAUAGGCCGUAUGGGAGUCGCCGCAAAAGAAAAGCUAAGGCGCAUUUGGCAACACCUAAGACGCGGGGCUUCCCGGGCAAAAGGAGCAGCUCGAAGGGCAGCUGUAGCUGUUUUUAAAAGGCUUCCGAGGCUCCGUAGAUCCCGAGGGCCACGUGAAGCAGGAGAAGGAGCUGGUGUCUCAGGGGUGGCAGGAGCCGGCCUUGCCGCUGCUGCAGCAGGCGUACGCCCUGAAGAGGAGACUCCUGAAGGAACGGAGCCCCUCAAGGAGGAAGAAAUUCUCACCCCUGUAAGCCCUGCGGUCUCCACAACAAGCACCUCAGCAGAAGAAUCAGUACAAACAGAAGCAUCAGCUCCCGUCUCCGAAGGGCUUGAGCAGACUGAGGAAACGGAAGAAUGGCACGAAGCACCAACUCCUGAACAGGCUGAAGAGGCAAGCGAAGAGUGGUAUGAUGCAGUAACGCCAGAGGAGAUGAAUGCUGUACUUGAACGAGCGCGCGAAUCGGAAGCUGUAGGGAAAAAGGAAGAGGCAGAGAAAGGAAAAGAGUCAAAGGAGGCUGAAGGUCUUGCCUUAUCUCCUGAGUGCCUCAAGUAUCUCCCCCGGAUGUCAACUCCGAUACGGCAGCUGUGCCGUGAGUGGCCUGGACAUUGCAUGUUUUGGACUUUGUUCAUGAAGCAAGGAAACCUUGGCUACUUUAUUGAUGGGAUGCAGGACCUGGCAAAACAGACGGCAGCCUCGAUACAGAAAGCAGAAAAACUCAAAGAAACAGAGAACAGCAUCGAAGCACAUCUGCUGCGCAUGCACCUCACAUUGGCUCUAGGGGAGGAAGCCAUAGCAAAGGCGGUGGACCAGACCGGGGAGCUCUGCUGGUUCCUUGACCCCGACAACUUGUAUAAAAAGGCAAAUUUUGAGGAAGAGAAGGUUUUGAAUUCUCUCAAUCCCGUGACGUUUUUUGCCAACCCCCUUGAUUUCACACAGCCGCUUGAGAGGUUGAUCAGGACCGCCCACACCGAUGCCGAAAAGUGUGCGACUUCGUUCGAAGUGGAAAUUAAGGCGCGGGAGGAUUUGCAGCAGAUUCUUCAGUCGGAAAAACAAAAGCUGGAGGCCGCUGUAAAAGAGCUUGGCGAGGAACUGACCGAACAGCAAGCGCGGAGCGUGCAGCAAGCAAUAGACGAACUAGAAAUGCUGCGCAGGCGCGAGUCUUGUUCUGCAGAACAAGCGUACCUCCUCGCCGGACAAGCCAAGAACAUCAGGGGAUUUAUCACUGACUACCUUGCCAACGGCCGCAACUGGUGGAGGGCGCAGUGGCCUUUCAAAUUUCAGGCAUGCAGACCUCUCUCGAAGGGAAGUCCAGUUGUUCCCAACGAUGUUGCGCAAAGCUGCCGGAAAUAUGAAUCGUCAAAACCGCCAAAAACAUCACGCAAUGUUAGUACCGUCCUCCUCUGGAUGUGGGAGGCAGGCUCAUGCAGAAAAGAUUAA